UUUUUGCACGUAAAUGCACAUAACCUCAAAAGAAGAUGAAUACAACUUAUUUAUUAUUCUAAUAAUAUAAUAUAAGAAAACAUGUCUUUGUUUCCUGCUUAUUCUGGUGAAAGGGACGAAUCACCAGAGCCCAAUAAACUUGGAGAUGACGCCAGUUGGUUACACAAUGUUAGUUGCCUAGAACGUAUUUCAUCCAACAAUAUUGCCAAUAUCUCUUCAGAUUCUUCUGAUGAAACUGCAAGUGAAAUUUUUCAUUCAGAUAAACAACAAAUAUCCCAUAGUUCUACUUCUUUAAGCAAUGAAAACCGUACAUCAAAAGAAAAAGAAACAUUAAAACAUAUCAAAAAGAGAAAGCGGGAGAAAAGAAAACAUACACGUGAAAAAGUAAAGAAACCAGAGUAUAAAAGAGAUGUGGAGAAUGUGUAUUUCGAGGAUAAAUAUAGGGAUAAGGGAAAUAGUACUGUAAACACACUCUGUUCUAGAGUAAGACCUUAUUAUGAUAUUCAAAAGAAUUCUCUUGGUUGUGUUCCAUGCAAGCAACCAAGGAAAGAUAUAUAUGAAAGAUAUUACAUUAGAAAUAUUGAUUGUGUAGAGAAGACUAAAAAGAAAGAUAAUAUUAUUAAAAGGGAUUCUACUACAGAUUCAUUGAAAGAAGAAGAGCCUACUCCUUCAUGGUGUACUAAUUUAGAAGAAUUGCAGAAAAAUAAAAUUAAAGAAUACAAUGAAAAAUUAACAGAUGAUCCAAAUAACAUUAAUAUGUGGUUUGAAUAUAUUGAAUUUCAGGACACAUUAGGAUACUUUCAAAAAUAUCAAACAGUAAAAGAUGUUCAACGAGCAACAACAUUAAAAAAGUUAUCUAUAAUUGAAAAAGCUAUAGAAAAAAAUUCAGACUCUAUAGAAUUAUUAAAACUAAAAUUAUCUCUAAUGGGAGAGCUCCUACCAGCUGAUGAAUUUUCAAAACAACUCGAAACAUUAGUUAACAAAGACUCAGGGAACACAGUUUUAUGGCAACAAUUUAUUAUGAUUACACAAGCUUCUGUAGCAAUGUGUACUGUGCCAAAAGUUUUGAAUCUAUAUUCGAAAUGUUUUUGUAUUUUGAAACAAAAAGCUCGAACGAAUCCUCGUAUAUUUGACGAACGAUUAUUACAGAUGCUCUACUGGUGCUUAACAUUUCUGAGGCAUACUGGGCUUUGGGAACAAAUGUGGGAAACAAUACGUUUGAAUCUUUGUUUGAAUCUUAGUUUAAGCAAGGACAGUCUAUCAUUUCGAAACACAAUAGAUGAAAAAAAAUUAAUUGGAAUGGAAGAGGUAAUACUAAUAUCAAGAUUGCCACUUAAUCAGCUAUGGCAAAGAACAGAAUCGUUAAGAGAAAAUUGCCAUUGGGUCAGUGUCAGUAGAGAUGAAUUAGAAUUAGUUGGUGAUUCCCGAAGAUUCGUUUUGCCAGAUGAUGUCGCAGAUUUUGUGCAUCCUAUACUUUCGCGAAAUUUCAAUUUUCGAAUGGCUAUACAUGCACUCCUUCUACUCAAAGUACCACUACUACCUACUCGAGAUUAUAUAUUAAAAAUGUUAUCCUUAAAAGACUUUGAAUGGGGAAUUGAAACUUCAGAAGUAUUACUUCCAUUUGCCUAUCCUGUAGCAGGUGAAAUAACAGGUCAUAGCCAAAGGAAGGAAUUAUUAAAUGGUAUACUCGAAGGGGGUUUAACAUCAGGCCCUCAAUAUCUUAUGUUUCAUCCUGCGCAAGAGUCGUACUUGGAUUUUAUACGUGAAAUAUUUUUUACGAUUGCCGAAAAUUUACCUACUAUACAACGUACAAGUAUCUAUAUUUGGUGGUUAAGAUUCGAAAGACUACUUAUUUUUCUUCGGAAAGACGACCCUUUAAAAUAUGAUAAUAAAGGGAAGAAAUUAAAAACGAUAUUAAAAGAAUUCUUGAAAAAAGACGAAAAUAGAAAUAAUUUACAUUUCUAUAAAGAGUAUGCAUUGAUAGAAAAAGAAAUGGGAAGAUUUGACAACUGUGUAAAUAUUCUUGAAACAGCAAUACAAUCUCAAGGUAGUUGCCCUGCUGCAAUUCAUGAUCUUGAUGAAAGGGCAGCACUUCUCAGUUUGUAUAGAACGUUUAUCGAAACUCUACUCAAUUCUGACACAUAUAAAGAAACGCAUAAGGAGCGAUUAUUAAAUGUUAUUAAACAAAUGAUACCUGGAGUAGGUGAAAAUCAAUUGCAGGUCGUGACAGAAUAUUUAGAAAAUUGUGUGAAAGGUUUUUUACAAGAAGUUCCUACAGAAGAUGAAAAGGACACAUACUUCUUACCAGAUUUAAAGUGUGACACAAUUGUAUGUUAUGCAUACCUUUUAUAUAUAAAAGAUUGUGAUAUUGAGAGAGUAAUAAGCAUAUUUACAGACUCCAUUAACCAUUACAAGGACUCCCAUUAUAUACAGGAAAUGUUAUAUGAAAGUCAAAUUGCACUUUUACAAUUACAUUGCAAACAGACUCAGGAAAUAAAUAUUUUAAAGAAUGUAUUAAAUGAUAUGCUAAAGUUAUAUCCAAAUAACUUAUUUGCCCUUUCAAUAUUGGCAUGCAUAGAGAGUGAGUUACCUAUUUGGAAAUUCAAUAGCCAAAAGACAAAACUUGAAUUAUGGAGAGCAUUCGCGAUGUGUUUAGCAAGUCGUAGACGUAUCCGUUUCUUAAAAGAACAGAAUGACUCGGUUAGUAUGAAUGCAGCAAUAAAUAAAUUAUUGCAUUUUCAUCAGACACUUGCAAGAGUACCGAAUACUAGAUGUUGUCCACUAUUAUGGAGAUUAUACAUGCUCCUUCUCAGGGAAUACAACUUGUGUGAAAAAAAGGGAGAAGAAGUUUAUCAUGAAAGUGUCGAGCAAUGCCCUUGGGCUAGAAGUAUUUAUAUUGAUGCAGCUGAAGUUGCACCUCAAAUCCUUACACAAGUUCAAGAUGUAAUACGAGAAAAAGAAUUGAGAAUGCAUGUUACACCCGAGGAAUUGGACAUCUUGCGUGGUUGAUUUCAGUUAUUAUUUAAAUGGCUGUAUAAAUAACAAGGGAAUAUAUUAAAUAAAAAAUA